CAAAAAAGGAAAGUGAUUUUCACAACGAUGACUUGUGUGUCGUGAAUGUUUGUUGCUUCACUUAAUGGGACUUUUGGAUGCAAAAACUAUAUCUAAAGUGGAUAAAUUGUGUAUCAAAGUGUUCUGCUCAUCACAGUUAUUACUUUGAAUCAAAAGGAUGUCCACUAGACAAGUUGUAAUUGCGUCUGAUGACAGCGAUUCGUCUGUGCCGGAGGAGAAAUUGGAUCUGAAAAAGGCUAAAAAGCAUAAAAAACACAAAAAACAUAAGAAAACUAAUCGUCUGGAGAAGGUUGAAAAGCCGAAAUCAAAGAAGCAUAAAAAGCAUAAACGCAGACACCAUGGCGAGGAAGGUGAAGUUAGUGAUACGGAAGACGAAGAGGCAAAUGCAAAGAAUGGUGCGAAAAUUGACAUUCGUAAAUUGGAGCAUGCGAUUCGCGUCAAACCGAAAGAUAGUGCUAGCAAAACAAAAGACAAUGGAAACUUGAAGGCUUGUUUGGAAAAUGAAAAGGAGAAACAAAACGAUAUUUCAACGGACCCAGAGAAACUGGUGGCAAUUCUGACGCAAACGCUGGAUAAAAGCAAGGAUCGACCAGCACAGCAAGAAGUGGUUUCCGUUGAAAGUGAUAGCGAUGCCACGGUAGUGGAAGAUGCUCCCAGUCCGGAUGUGGCUGUUAUCGAAGAUGAACUUAAUCUAGAAGAUUUGAUGAGGCAAAAAGCUUUACUUCAAGCUAGACUAGGUGAAUGUGUUUCCGAAGAUGACGAAGAAGCAAAUGGUGAACAAAAAGCUUCAACAAAUGAUGUACGUAAUAAUUCAAAUGAGAAAAAAAGAAGAAAUAAAACAAGUGAGGAUGUAAUUACCAUAGAGGGUGACUCCAGCGCUGAAGAUGUAAAUCGUCUGCUUAAAAAGGCAAGACAGCGUAGUCGUUCGGCAACCCGCGACGACCGUAAAAACCGAGUUUCUGAAACGGAUAGACGCAACAGUCGUCUUGAAGCUGAAGCAAAAGCGCGAGCUAAACAGCAGGAGUUAGAUCGUGAACGCAACCGAGAGGAGCAGCGCAGGCAACGCGAACACGAAGAGCAUAACCGCCGAAUGACUCAAGAACGUUACGAGCGAGAAAGAGCACGCGAUCGGGAACGAGAUCGAGAACGUGAUCGUGAACGAGAACGAGCUCGCGCUAGACAGAGGGACAGAGAGCGAUCUAUGGAACGGUAUCGCGAUCGUCGUAGUCCGAUGGACCGUAGCAGAGAGGGUAGGCGAUCAAUGGAACGCAGUGGUGCUGGUAGAAGACUUAGUUCAAGAGACCGUUUCCGAGGACGCAGUCGGAGUAGAGAUCGAGGAGGCUGGCGAGAACGGGAUGAUAGAGGUCGUUAUGACAAUAGAGACCGAGGUGGUGUUGCUCGCAACGGCAGAGAUCAUCGAAACAAUGCAAAGCGAAAACCAGAGGAUGAUAAAUAUAAGGAUUCACUUAGUGAAGGGCUAAAGCAACAGAAGGAGUCCAGUAGUGACAGUGAAGUGGGGGACAUAAACAUUGAUGACGAGGAGGACGAAGAAAAAAUCAUUGAAAAGCGAAGAAAACAGCGCAUAGAGUUGCUAAAGAAACUUGGAGCUGCUAAUGAAGACAGUAACCCACCACCUGAAGUUAAACAUAGCGCGAAUGAGUCGAAAUUGCAGGCAAAAACGGUAACCCAAACAGGCUCCCACAGAUCACACAAAAGAGGAAAUGAAGACGUUUUUGUAAUUGAUGAACCAUCAAAAGUGGACACACUAAAGAGUAUUGAUAGUGAUCAACACAAUGAUUCACUCACUCCACCGAUUCCGAUAACUAGAGUGACAGCCGAGGAACACAAAGAUAUGCGCGAGGAGGAACGAGCCAAACUAGACAAAGCGUCGGGCAAACGUGGCGAAUGGGACAUGUUUGCCGAACAGGAUAUUGAUUCAAACUUCGAUUCCCCCAGUACGGUAGUUGCUAAUAAACAGGGCAAUGAAAAUCCUGCUCUCACAGACAAUUGGGAUGACGCGGAAGGGUAUUAUCGUGUACGAAUCGGUGAAAUACUUGACGGUCGGUAUGUGGUUGCAAAUUACACUGGACAGGGUGUAUUCAGUACGGUCGUUCGAGCGAAAGAUCAAGCACGAGGCAAUGCACUAGUAGCCGUGAAAAUCAUAAGAAACAAUGAAAUCAUGCAUAAAACUGGUCUACGCGAGCUUGAAACUUUGAAGAAACUCAACGACACUGAUCCAGAGGAUCGAUAUCACUGCUUGAGGCUCUUCAGACACUUUUUUCACAAACAACAUCUCUGUAUGGUUCUCGAGCCACUCAGCAUGAAUCUCCGGGAGGUUCUUAAAAAGUAUGGUAAAAACGUGGGCCUUCACAUUAAAGCCGUCCGAAGCUACACACAGCAAUUGUUGCUCGCGCUUAAACUUCUGAAGAAGUCCGGUAUCUUGCAUGCGGAUAUCAAACCGGACAACAUUCUGGUCAACGACAAUAAUCUGGUUCUGAAACUGUGCGAUUUCGGAUCGGCUUCCUCGAUCACAGACAACGACAUCACGCCGUAUCUGGUAUCACGGUUCUAUCGUGCACCGGAGAUUAUUCUCGGCCUGCCGUACGAUUACGGUAUCGAUAUGUGGUCCGCCGGUUGCACCAUCUAUGAAUUGUAUACUGGCAAAAUCUUAUUUAGUGGUAAAUCAAAUAAUCAAAUGCUUAAAUUUUUCAUGGAUUUAAAGGGAAAGAUUCCGAACAAGAUCAUACGGAAAGGACAGUUCAAGGACCAGCAUUUCGAUCAGAAUUGUAACUUCCUGUCACACGAAAUCGACAAGAUUACGGAACGGGAAAAAAUCGUCGUUGUAUCGGUCAUUAAACCGAACAGAGACCUCCAGCAGGAGCUGGUAGCGGGUCAGAAUCUGCCAGACGAUCAAAUUCGCAAGGUCUCCCAGCUGAAGGAUUUACUGGACAAAGUAUUUGCUCUCGAUCCCGCGAAAAGGAUUUCGCUCAACCAUGCACUGGCACAUCCCUUCAUCCAGGACAAGAUCUAAUUGGUAGAUGACCUUAAGACAGAAAAGGGCAUGAGGCUACCCUGUUGAGUGUAAAGGACUCUGGCUAAACUUCACACUAUAAUAUUCAGUGUGUGAUUAGCAUAAAAGUCACAUUGAUGAUCUCUUGUUUUUACGAUGCAAAAAAUAAGAGAGCGCUCGGAUCCCAUGACUGGCUGGCAGCGGACGGGACUGGAAUGAAACGAGCCACCCAACCGAUAAGCCGCGCAGCGUAGUCAACAUCUGCCUUUCUUUGUCUGUCUCAGUUCACACAUUAGCUCUAUUAGCAACUUUCAAGAAAACUAAAGCUCGACAAAUUAGAGUUUUCCCCAAAAAUCAUAACACUAGAGCUUAAUGUGUGUAAAAAGUUGAGCAGUGCCAUCCUUUUUUGUGGCGCCAAUAGAGGUAGUGACAUAAUUGAAAUUUUCACAACUGCUAUUUUUGUUUAGUACUUUAGUUUCCAGUAACUCCAUAUAUCUCCAUUCCUCAAAUUCAUCAAACCCUUUCUGACCUGUUUUACUCGUCAAUCUCACCUGUUUAAAAUUAGACCUACAACCGCGAAACCAUUUCAGCACCAUCUGUUGUGAACAAUUGAUCUUCUGCUGUUUUUUUUCUCUUGUGAUUUUUUUUCAGAUUCAACGCUUGAAGACAUUGAGGCCGAGUUGUCAAUGCGACAAUGUGUUCCAUGAGCGGGAAAAACAAUGGUGUACAGCUAAGUAUUCUCGAUGUUUACUAUUUUUUUUUAAACUGCUUUUACCGUUAAUAAGUUCACCCAUUCUGUUCAACUAUUUUUAUAGUAAAAGAUUUAUUAUAGUCAUUUUGAAAAAUAUUUUGAUACAUAGACACGUGCAUAACAUAUAAUCUUUGAAGUCGUUCUUUAAAUAGUUACUUGGAAAAGACAUUCUUCAUUAACUCAAUCAAUAUUCAGAUAAACUCAGAUAGCAAGGGUCUAAAAAACAAGUUCCUUUGCUUUACAGUAGAAUGCACGAAGUAGUAUAUUAAUUGAAUUUUAUUUUUAUUGCAUAAUUGUGAUCAUUUCAUCAAUAAUUACUUAUUAUGUUAAGAAACAAACGGGUGCGAUAGUCGUUUUGGUUCCGGUUGUUCACAUAAUAAAGAUGCUGCCCUAUGGUGCACGAAAAUUAUGGCACAUUUUCCUAUGGCAGACGUAAUAGAUUUCUAUGUCAUAUUUUCUAUGAAAUUUGGGAAACAAUUUUUAAAAAAUAUGAACUAUACAUUAAAAGAAGUGGGAGCGCUAAACAGUAGACUGUUUAAAAACUGUUCAUCCUGAUCGUUCUAGUGUCUCAAGUUUAAUUCGCGUACAUGUCUUCGGUUAACCCCAUUAUUUCGAUGACGUCCACUGUUGAUGAUGUAGUUGUUCUAUACGAUUUCGCCCGCGCCGAAUCUGAUAAUAGCAACUUAGAGGAACAAGGGGCAAGAUGGGCACCUUAAGCUUCUUAGCAAAUUGUUAGGGCAAAGUGAGCAAAAAGCUACUGAAUACAUUUUUACUACAUAGAGUAAGAAUUAUACUCAAGAGUUGCUAAAUUGGAAACUAAAGAAGAAGGUUAUUUGAAUAUUUAUAAAUAAUUUCCUAAGCCACUAAAAUAUAUGAUGCUGCUCGCGGUACGGGGCAUACCUAUGGGGCAUAAUGGGCAUGUUCAUAUUUUUCGAUUUAAAGCAAACAUUAAACAAUGUAUCAAUGUAUCGUACAAUCGUAGGUACCGAAACAAAGUUUCUCUUUCCUGUUUCACUAUUUACACUUCAAAACAGCAUAAUUUUUUAGCCUUUUUCAAUUUGAAAAUUAUCUAUGAAUUUGACCGCAUAUAAAAAUAAGGUCAACAAGUAUUACAUCAUUGCUUGCAUCCCGGGCACACAGAUUGAACACAUGUUCCAUCCUUCGCCAUCAUGAGAGGAACUGAAGCAACAACCGCAACAUCGCACAGUGAAUCCUUUUUUAAUUCGUUCCCGAUUUUAUUUUGAUGCUCGCCUUUUGGUGGGUUUUCGGUAUUUGGUAUGGCAAUUUUGCCCCUAACAGCAAUGCCCAAUCUACCCCGUGAGAAACACUUAUGAAAAAGAGCUAUUUGUAGAUGAUGUUUCAUUUGAAAACACUUUACUGAAACUGUUUGAAUAUCAAUAACGAUUACCGAAAAUAAACUUUCGAGCCUAAAAAGACAUAUACGCAUGCAAAAACCCUUAUUUUUCGCGCUAGUGAGCUAUAAUAUUAUACGCGAGACGUCCAUUAAUGAUACAAUUGUUUAUUGUGUAAAAGCGAAUUUGUUUUCUCCAGCAAUUUUGAAUAAAACUACAUCUUCAGAUUAAUGUUGAUGAUUCAAAUUUAUAACAGUUCCAAAAUUGCAGCCAGAAACCUAGAAACAACAUUGGCCUAUUCUGCCCAGUAUGGCGAUCUUGCCCCUUGUUCCCCUAUUGCUAACUGGAAUCGAUUGGGAUGUUGUCUUGGACACGGCUAACGUGAAUACUGCCGCCUCAACUUUCUCCCACAUUUUAAACUACACCAUAGAUCGACACGUCCCAAAAAAAAAAUCAUUUCUGCCCAACAGCAACUGCCCUGGCUGAACCCCACAUUACGACCCCUUAAAUCGUAAAAAAAAGGAUAGAAGAUUUUCAAGAUACAGAACUCUAGCACUACGGAACCAUCACUUGUCGAUCAAUACCCGCUCUUUCGAAGCUUCCUCGUAAUGUCGAAUGUAGGCUUAAACGUAACCCCUAAUUGUUUUGGAAAUAUGUUAGCGAACAGCGUAAAAUGACGGCCUUUCUGCGAAUAUCCACAUAGACGGCGACACUGCGAACUCUGUCGAACAAAUCUGCCAACUGUUUUCGCGGACAUUUUCCAGUGGGUCGUUAACCACGAAACGAAAUUACUGCCGCAAUCGAACGCGUCCCUUUUCUCGGUCGUGCAUUGACUAACCUCUCCAUUGACGAUAGCGCGGUAACAUUAGCCGCUUCGAAGUUCAUGUCUUCCAUGUCCGCUGGACCAGUCGGUGUGCCAUGAGUUUUCAUGAAAAAAAAAUGCAUUGGCAGUCUGGACUCUCCAAUUAGUCGUCUAUUUCACUCAAUCUAUUCGCUCUGGCGUCUUUUCGUCGGUCUAGAAAUCGGCGUACAUGUUCCCAGUACAUAAGAAAGGAAAUAGGAAACUGCUUACCGAAACUCUCCGAGCUCGUCGUGUUUGAACCUACUUUCUCGUUCUUAAAGCAGUACAUACAAAGCAGACGAACAACUGAACCUGCAAAUCGCCGUGGCGAAACUGGAAAACCUUGUCUUCGGAGGCCCAAAGCUUCACUUUUUUUUUUUUUUUUUUGUAUGCCUGAAGUAGGCUGACCAGACGUACCGUUUUGAACAGGACAGUACCGUUUUUUCGUCUGUUUUCAACCGUACCGUCUUUUUGCCAUUUUGUACCGUUUUUGGAUACUCCUUGAAAAAAUCUUAAAUAGAGCUUUGCAUUGAAAUUUUCCUAAAUGGAAAAUAAGUUUCCAAGCAGCCAGGAUUUUCUAAUAUUACUGAGUACGUUUUGUGCCUUCCUGACAGUACCGCACCACAGGAAGGACAUCCCGUAUCGUGAAUUGAUGAAAAAGUCGCGAUUGAAAGUUGAGACCAUGAUAAUUUGUUAGUCAAAAUCUCGAUCAUCAUGUAACAAAUUUCAGGAACUCAUUGCAAAAAAUCACACCCUCAGGAUCGGGCAAGUUCAUCAAAGCAAUGAAUAAUUGUUUGUAUGCUUUUCAAAAAUAAAUUUUAUCAAGUGUCCCGUUUUUUUAACCCGUUUGUCCUGUUUUUAUCCCGAGAAAAUCUGGUCAGCCUAGCCUGAAGGGCAUUGACACUAACAGAGCCACUGCGAUCGUCUUGUCCAUUAUCUUUUGUGGUUAGUAUUCGUACUCAUUGGUGUGAAGGAGGAGACAGACAGAACCACUCUUGAGUGCACCAACUCAGGGUAAUGUCUAGUGCCAUCUGAAGGCGGUACAUAAUUGUUGCGUCACAUUUUCCGCGAAUUAUAAGUACUACAUCAUCGACAUAGCCAACAAUCUCUUAGCCAAACUGGGUUAAUAGUGCAUCGACCAUCGGUGACCAAAGCAGGGGGAAGAAGACUCCCCCUUGUGGACAGCUUUUUGUCGCUGAGACGGUGAUUGAAGCAUCUUCCAAUGUAGCUUUGAUUUCUCUGCCCGAGAGUAUAUUCUGAACCCAGCUCAUUGUAGUGUUAUCAACUCUCCUUCUCCGGAGAGCUGUAUUGAUCGAAGCAUAGGAUGUAUUGUCAAAAGCGCCUUCAAUAUCAAGAAGAGCGCAUAGCCAUGAAGAGCAGUUUCCGUGGUAAAGGUUGGUAAGCGUGCUGAUCUUUAUGUAGUGGCGAGUCCUUGAGGAACUCAUUGCGGGUAUGGCUAUCUGCAAUUUUCUCCACUAACUUCUAGAGUGUAGAUGCGAGGCGACCCGAAGGUCUUAGGUAGUGUUUUGUCUUUUCUUCCUACCUUCGGUAUGAAAGUCACCUUGACUCUCCACCAGCUAACUGGAAUAUAACCCAGGGUGAAGUGUCUAAUAAAAUUAUUAAUAAUAUAAUACCCAGGGUGAAGCUUGCACGGAAAAGUUGUAUCAGUUCGGGCAUUAUGAUCCCAUGUGAUUUUUGUAUAAAGAUGGGUAGAAUGGCAUCUGGUCCUGGAGACUUCAUAGAUUCGAAGGAGCUUAAAACCCAAUUGAGUGAAGCUUCCGUGAACAACCUUCGAGAGAACAGAAUUAAGUCGUUGGGUGUAGGCCUCGAACUCUGUUGUUCCGACGUUGGUUGUUCGGUUAUACAUGUGGACCCAGGGAAGUGCGUGUUUAUAAAAACCUGCAGUGACUCGUCGGGUGUGCAUACAUCGAUUGAGCAGGAAGACCGAGAGUUGACUAAGUGUUCCCUAUACAUGGACCAGUUAGUCUUCUUCGCUCUUUAAAGGAUUAGCUCGAUGUUAAAGAGGAAGGACAUCUCGUUGAUCUGACAACUUUAAUUCGUCAGAGACAUGCUAUUUUUUGGCUUUCUCGGCAAUGUUUGCGCUGCAGAGAGUGAGAUCGAGGACCUCAUCUUUUAUAGCGUUAGUAGAAGUGGGGCUGUUUCUUACUUUACAUAUAUUUACGCUCAGAGCUGCCCCAAAUCGUGUGAGAGGCGGGGAUGUAAGCGGAUGCAAUGACCAUGUCUUGUUUCCCGUUGGUAAUCGGGAUUUUCGCUAUUAUGGCAACGACGUCACGUUCUUGCCGUGUAUUGGUCGUCGAUCUGCCUAUCCGGCGCAUGCGAGCCUUACCAAACAUGUAGGUACUUAUUACGGGAGUCACUUCACGGUGAAAAAUAUUUCACUCUCACGCUUACUUAAGCUGGAAAUUUGUAUGAGGACAUUUUCGAGAAGAUGAAACUUUUGAGCCCUACCGCUAAACGAAAUUCGAAGGGCCGCAGUUAAAAAAUGUCAAAGAAAGUCCCAAAAAGUUGUUUUUUUUUUUU